CACUAAAAUUAUAUUCUUUUAUGUGGAAAAAGAUUUUUUUUUGUCAAUUUUGUUUCAUUUCCAAGCAAAGGAAAGAAAAGACUAGAGACUUUUCAUUAAAGCUUUAUAAAAAGAUAAGCGAAAACAACAUUCCAGAUUCCAAGAUCAAAGCGCCAGUUACGGGACCUUUCAUUUUGGAUAAAAAUGGGCGAUCAUCUGGUUUUAUGUGUGGACCGUCUUAUAACACCUGAGAGUUUGCAAUCAACGCAAGAAACUGAGGCUGUUCGAUCUUCUGGUGAAGGCUCUUCCCAAGCCUCUGAGCCAGAUGCUUGUGCUAUUGGUGUUAAGGAAGUGGAAGAAUAUGGUUCCUAUGACGAAGAAGAACCACUUAUACAGGCAGCUGAAUGCCGAAUCUGCCAGGAGGAGGAUGACAUUAAGAAUUUGGAGACACCUUGUGCAUGUAGUGGUAGUUUGAAGUUUGCUCACAGGAAAUGUGUUCAGCAUUGGUGCAAUGAGAAAGGAGAUAUAACUUGUGAGAUUUGUCAUCAGCCUUACCAACCAGGAUAUACUGCACCGCCACCAACACCACCUCAGUCAGAGGAUACUACAAUUGAUAUCGGUGAGGGUUGGACAAUCUCUGGUGCUCCUUUGGAUUUGCGUGACCCUCGAAUUAUAGCCGUGGCUGCUGCAGAACGCCAUCUUUUGGAAGCAGAUUAUGAUGAAUAUGCUGAUACCAAUUUUAGUGGAGCUGCAUUUUGCCGGUCUGCGGUCCUAAUAUUAAUGGCUCUUCUACUCUUAAGGCAUGCUCUGUACCUAACAGCUGGAGAUGGAGAUGAUGAUGCAUCUGCAUUUUUCUCUCUUUUCCUGCUUCGCGCUGCCAGCUUUCUUCUCCCAUGUUACAUUAUGGCCUGGGCCAUCAGCAUAUUGCAGCGCCGAAGGCAGAGACAGGAAGCAGCGGCUCUUGCAGCAGCCGAAGUUGCGUUCAUGAUAGCCGGACAACGUCAUGGUCUACAGUUCACUAUAGCACCGGGACCUGCGGCAUCUCCUCAUCAGGAGCCACUUCAAUAAUCUCCGGCCGGCAAGUGGCAAUGGUAGGCUAGUGAUGGAACUAUGGGUAAACCAUUUUUCUACUAGCAGUGAAAGAAAACGAGGUGAUUCGUUUACCUCGCAUUUACCAUGUUGUACUUCAAUUGUUAUGUUGAAUUAAAAUUAAAUAUUUUAUUUUU